GAACUGAAAGGAGAGUGAGUGAGAGAGAGAGAGAGAGAGAGAGUGAGAGAGAACAGAGCUUGAGAUGGCUCUUGGCACAACUCAGUAGCCAGCUCAAGCAGACACCACAAGUGGACCACACUUGUGAAGCCAGAGGAUAUUAGUGGAUACUUGAGUGCCUUUUCUAUAGGAUUACUCUUGAUUGACUACUGAUUGUUAAACCUGGGGACAACAAAACAAAAGGUAGAGCAUGAGGUCCAAAAGCAGCAGGGUGGAGAGCUCGGCCAAUGGGGUGCUGGGAGUUCCACAGGGUAACCAUGACAUCAGCCAAGAAAAGGAAGUUGUUUUGCCUGUGAAGAGUUUAAUGGCCAAAGUUCAGCAGAAGGAGGGUGAGGAUAAGGUGGAGGUCGAAGUGAUCUCUGACAAAGAGAAGUUACUGAUUGAUUCUUCUGACACUGGAGAAAAAAAAGAUUACAUCAUGGAUCUGUCCAAAAAAGAUCUGCUAAAACUGCUGGGAAUCAUGGAGGGAGAGGUUCAGGCCAGAGAAGAUGUCAUCUGCAUGCUAAACUCAAAAAGGGCCAUCCCAGAAGCCCUCGAGUCACGAUAUGGCUGCGCUGUCCCUGGUUCGGCCCUCCAGGCCCUGCAGAGGGACAGCUUCAUUAGUGGCACCGAGCCGCACAACCACAUUGUUUACCAGAAGCCUAUGGCUGAGCUGGAACGUCUCCAGGAGAAGCACAGGGAGACAUACAGGAGGAUGCUGGGCCAGUUGUUGCUCGCUGAGAAGUGCCACCGCCACACUGUCCAUGAGCUGGACACAGAGAAACGCAAGCAUGCAGACUACAUGAAUAAGAGUGAUGACUUCACCAACCUUUUGGAGCAGGAGAGAGAAAGACUGAAGAGGUUGCUUGAGAACGAGAAGGCCUACCAAAUAAGAAAGGAAAAGGAGUACUCUAAACGUCUGGAAAAGGUACAGGAGGAAUUGGUCAAGCUGAAGUCUUUUACCCUGAUGUUGGUCAAUGAGCGCCAGCAGCACCUGGAGCAAAUGGACCAACAGAGCCAGCGGGUCCAGGAACUCAGCCAGCAGCUCCAGCAGCGGGAGCAGGCGCUGAAUGAAGCCAGGGGGCGGGCUCAGGAAGAUGGUCACAGGAUGCUAAGUCUGGAGGCUGAACUUAAGGAGAAAUCUGCCAAGCUCAACCAACAACAUGAGGAGAUGAAUGCAAAGCUAGCCAGUCAGGAGAUCAACAGUCGUCAACUCAGUGCCAAACUUUUAGGGCUUUCCCAUAAAGUUGAGGAGCUAGAGGAGAGCAAUAAGGCCUUAAGGAAAUCUGAGGAAGAACUGCAGGAGCUGAGGGAGAAGAUUGGCAAAGGGGAGUGUGGCAACUCCAACUUGAUUACUGAGUUGGAGAAUUUGCGGAAAAGAGUUCUUGAGAUGGAGGGGAAAGAUGAGGAGAUUACAAAAACUGAAAAUCAGUGUAAGGAGCUAAGAAAGAGGUUACAAGAGGAGGAUACUAAGAGUAAAGACCUCAGGCUAGAAGUGGAGAAACUCCAUAAAAGAAUGAUGGAGUUAGAGAAACUUGAGGGUGCCUUCAGCAUAAGCAAGGCUGAGUGUGCACAGUUACAAACUGCACUAGAAAGAGAGAAGGGCCUGACCAAAGAGCUCUCUGAUGAAGUCAUAGCUCUCAGGAUACGUAUGAAAGAGCUUGAGUCUUCUGAACUCAAGUUAGAGAAGUCUGAGCUGAGCCUUAAGGAUGACUUGAGCAAGCUGAAGUCACUGACUGUAGCUUUGAUGGAAGAAAGAAAGACCCUGAUGGAAAGAAUGAAGUCAGAUGAGAAGAAAAAUGAGGAUUUAAGUAACAUGGUCAAAGUUGAGCAGGGUAAAGUUAUGGAGGUGACAGAAAAAUUAAUAGAGGAAAGCAAAAAAUUCCUGAAAUUGAAAUCAGAGAUGGAAAACAAAGUAGAGACACUAACCAUAGAAAAGGGCGAGCUAAGCACUAAGCUCGCCUAUGAAAUAGAUAAAACUAAAGAUCUUAAUUCUAAGGUCAGUCAAAUGAAGAAGAGGUUAGAUGGGUUUGAGCAAGCAGAAAGGCUAUCAGUGAAGAAUUCUGUGAAAUGUGAACAGGGAAGAAUGUCUGACCCUGUUAAAAGAGAAGAUAAUAAAGUUAAGGAACUGACAUUUGAAAUUGAGCGCUUAAAAAAUCGUCUCAAACAACUUGAAGUGGUUGAGGGAGAUUUGAUCAAGACAGAAGAUCAGUAUGACAUAUUGGAGAAAAGGUUCAUGACUGAACAAGACAAAGCCAACAUUCUUUCCCAACAAGUGGAAGAAAUGAGGAGUCAGAUAGCACGAAACAAAGCAAUUGAGAAAGGAGAGGCGGAGAGCCAAGAAGAAGAUCUCCGACAACAAUGCAAGAGAGAAGAAGUCAAAACCAGGGAACUGCAGGCUGAUAUUGUAGCCCUCAAGGAGAAGAUCCAUGAACUGAUGCACAAGGAAGAUCAACUUUCUCAGCUCCAAGUGGAUUACUCUAUCCUGCAGCAGAGGUUCUUGGAAGAAGGGGAGAAAGCCAAGAACAUGGGCACUGAAGUUUUCCAUUUAACCAGAGAACUGGAGAUAGCAAAGCGUCAAAGUCGAGCACUAAGACCCAGUUUGAAUGGGAGGAGAAUGGUGGACAUUGCUGUGACAUCCACUGGAGUACAGACAGAAGCAUCAUCCACUGGCCCAACAGAGGAGGACACCGCAGCUGUGUUUAUCAGGAAGUCUGUUCAAGAAGAGAAUCACAUCAUGAGCAACCUCAGACAGAAGUGCCUGAAGAAGCCAACAGAAAAGAGUGGUAUUGAGCGUUGCCCUUCAUCUAGCAGUGACCUAGGCAUGAAGAAAUCCUGGAUCCCCUGGAUGAGGAAAAAGGACCACACCGCUCAAGAGACCAACUUGGAAAAGUCUCCACAAAUUAAUGGAAAUCAUUUGCCUUCUGAAGUGACCAUGUCCCAAACACAAGGGCAGCCUUUACACAUCCGAGUAACACCAGACCACCAAAAUAACAUGGCCACUCUGGAGAUCAGCAGCCCCACUGCUGAGGACUUUUUCUCCAGCUCAGCUCCCCUUAGCCCCAACCCAUCUCAACCUAAAUCCAGAAUCACAAUCAUUCCCACAUACUCAGCUUCAGCCCAGAAGAGAAAGUCCACCAUUGGACCUCAGGGCCUUGAAAGAGUCAAGUCUCCAGUCACCAUCACAACAAUAUCCAGAGCCAAAUCUUCAGAAAGCAGCCAGGCCCCCUUCUCUGCCUCAGGGAGGCCUUUGUCCCCUGUAUCUAUUACAACAGUGAGCACUGCUAUAGUGCCUGAAGCAUCUGCCUCUCCUGAACCCCAGGAGAUGACCAUGGGUCGAGCUGUUUUCAAAGUUACCCCAGAGAAACAGAUGGUUCCAACGCCUAUACGAAAGGGACACAACAACACUAGCAUAAUAACUACCACUGAAGAUAACAAGAUCCAUAUUCACCUAGGCAACAGCAUCACCCCAAAAAUGGUAGUCAGGCCGGUGACUGCUGUGACUGAGAGCAAGGAAAUGACUUUAUCAACUGGGACAGUUUUGCGUUCCCCUCGCCAAAUCACCACAACUGCUACCAGAAGCACACAGAGCAAAGUAAUGAGCAGCAUCACGAUUUCCCCCGUUACAUCCACCACUUCCAGACCCACCCAUAUCACAACUGGGCAUGAUGCCCAGACACCUCGCACAGGGCUGACCCGCAUCCCAAUGUCCAAGAGCCUGAAGACAGGGAAGGCUGUGCUAGGAUCCCUGGGGAUCUCGGGUGGAGUGAAACUUGAGUCACGAGCUGAGAGUCAAUCUAUGAAAAUAGAAGUUAAAAAAUCUACUGUUAAUAACAAUACUUUACAAAAUGGAGGAAAGCCCUGACUGACAUAAUAGUACCAACAAAACACAUUGUCUGUACAUAUCUAAAUAUGGUGUUUCAGACAUAUUAAGACAACACUCGCAGAAGAAAAGUUCCAAUGUCUCUGACAACUCAGCUGUACAUUACAAAUGCACAGAGGCAAGCUGUUAAUUUCUCAUUUUUGUAAAGUCAUUUGUACUUAUAUCCAUUAUUUCUGCCAUUUAGAUAGAAACAUGAUUUGUAUUUACAGUGUGCACUGUGGUGAGCAUUUGGUUUAAAUAUUUCAUCAGACUGCGCUGCUACUAACUACUUUUGCUUUGAGUGGUUGUCUCACAUAUAAGGAGUUUGUUGAUAAUAUUUCAGAAGCACAAACAUAAUUCAAAAUAUUUGUUUUCAUGUAAAUUAUGUUUAUUUUAUCUGUAAAAGAAAAGUAUUUUAAUAAAUAUGAUUUC